UAGUUUCUCUCAUGAAUUCCUGCUGAAGUUCAAUUGAGUGGGUAUUUUAAUUGAUAAUUGUUAAAUAUAUUAGAUCAAUGGGAAAUUUAAUUGGUGAUUGCGUUUUUGCAUAACUGUUCUUUGUCUCAUUUUUGUGAAUUUGAGUUGCUGCCUUUGGAAGGAAGGUGUAAAUGGCAACAACCAUGUAUGAGCACUUAACAAUGUAAAUGUAGUUUAAGCUAAAAAAUUAAUCCAUGUGAAAAACGCUGUAGUUGUUUAACAAUGUAAAUUUAUUUGGUGUUAAUCCAUGUUAUCAUGGUGUAACUGUAAUUUUGGUCAUGUGAUCUUACUGUGAAAAUGCUGUAAAGGCUAACAGAAGGAAUUGAGAGAAAAACUGUGAAAAGUUAUUUUUUUUUUUUUAAAGUUUAGAGGUUUAAAACUAAUGUUUUUUUAAAGUUUGUGUUUAUUAGAUCAUGAUUAAAGUUGAGGUGUCUGAUAGGGAAAGUGCUAAAGAACAAUGUGCAAGUAUGCAUUUAGUCCAAUAGAAUUUAACUAUCUCUACAAAUAUAUUUAUACUUAUAAUAUAUUUAUACUUAUAAUUUGAAAGGAUAUAAAUAUAUUUAUACUUAUAAUAUAAAUAAGUUAAAAAAUAAUUUAUAUAUAAAAAUUUAAAAUAACGAGUAUAAAUAACGUGGAGGCCUUAAAUAAAAUUAAUAUAAUAAAUUAAUAUACGUCUUUAUUGAUCACAAAUUAAAUAAAAUUAAAAUAUAUAAGUUAAAAUCGCUAAUCACUCUCUACUAAUACUACUGUACAGUAACACCGCUAAUGAAGGGGGAAAAAAGAAAAAAAGCACGGAAGGCGAGAGAGAAAAAGAGAAGAAAGGGCCUUUUUCUAAUACAAAUUUGUUAAUGGCUGCAAAGGAGGAGCUCCUCCUUCUCCCAUCUUCUCCCUCGCCCUUUAUCAGAGAUAUCAUUAUCUUCAUUCUUCUUCUUCAGGUAGUCUCUCUGUGUGUGCGUGUUUGUGAUACUUGCUUAUAUCUUUCUUUAGAUCAAUCAUCUGACCAGCGUCUGAUUAUCAACACAUAUUUAUAUCUAUUUUAUACUCCCAAUGGAUGUGCUAUUUUUUUCAUUUCAAGUGAGUUUUGUAUUUUUGAAAUGAGUUGGUUUAUGUAAAUAAUUUCUUUUUGUUUGUUUGUUGUGUUCAUGUUUAUCGGAAAUUUAUUUAUUAGGGUUUAAUUAUUUGCAAUCUAUGCUUUACAUCAUUUUGCUCUGUUUUUUAGAAUAGAUUAUUUAAAAUGAUGUGUAUUGUUGCUUAUUUGUUAAUGUUUUUGCAAUAAAAUGUUAGUUUUUAGUGACAUUUAUUUUGUUUAGCUUAUGUGAUUGUUUUGUUUUUAUGUGUAGUUGAUUAAUUUUUGAAAUUGAAUUUGUCUGGUGAUGAUAAGGAAAGGUUGAAUUAGUGAAGUGUGUGUAAGAGAGGGUGAGGGGUUUGUAUGAACUGUAAAUAUCUUAUGAAGAAGACGAAAGCCAAUGGAGUUGUGGAAAAGUUGGAGCAGUGAAUUUUCAGAGAGUUGGUUCGCUGGUGCACGAUAUUGGGGAGCCUUGUCUUCCUCAAUUGCCCAUAAAGGUAAGCAGAAUGCUUAAACCAGACAAGUAGCCAGAAACUUGAACUGAAUAGAGUUGGAUUUGAUGCCUCUUCCUUCUCAAAAUCGCUCCUUCUACAAUUCGCUUAUUCAGUUUUCCCAGCAGAAAAGUCUUCAGAAAGGCCAAGCUCUCCACGCUCAGAUUAUAAAAGACACUUCUUCCUCUUCUUGCAUUUACCUUGCAAAUGGUCUCGUCAAUUUCUACGCCAAAUGCGGGCAUUUACCCAAAGCCAAGCUCAUAUUCCAACAAAUUCGUGACAAAGACGUUAUCUCGUGGAAUUGUCUUAUCAAUGGCUACUCACAGCGUGGCCACUCAGGCUCCUCAAUUGUCAUGGAUUUGUUUCAGCGCAUGAGAGCAGAGAAUACGUUCCCAAAUGCCCACACUUUUGCGGGUGUUUUCAACGCCGCAUCAAACUUGUCGUGCACUUUGGGCGGCCAACAGGCCCAUGCUCUUGCCAUCAAAAUGGCCAGUUUUUAUGAUGUUUAUGUAGGGAGUUCUCUCCUUAAUAUGUACUGCAAGGCAGGUCUACAUUUGGAGGCUCGCAAGGUGUUUGAUAUAAUGCCUGAGAGGAAUGCUGUUACAUGGGCUACUAUGAUUUCUGGGUAUGCGAUUCAACGGCUGGCUAGAGAGGCUUUGAGGCUUUUUGAAUGGAUGCUUAAGGAAGAUGAAGAUUUGAAUGAAUUCGUGUUCACUAGUGUGCUUAGUGCUUUGGCCAUCCCUGAAUUCAUUGAUAGUGGCAAACAGAUACAUUGCCUAGCUGUUAAAAGUGGCCUGUUAGCAUUUGUUUCUACUUUGAAUGCUCUUGUUACCAUGUAUGCUAAAUGUGGGAGCUUAGAUGAUUCACUUCAAGUGUUUGAAACGUCAGGUUCUAAGGAUUCUAUCACAUGGUCAGCUAUGAUUACUGGUUAUGCUCAAAGUGGGGAUUCACAAAAGGCUCUGAAGCUCUUCUCUAAGAUGCAUUUUUGUGGGAUAAAGCCCAGUGAGUUUACCCUUGUUGGCGUUCUUAAUGCUUGUAGUGAUAUUGGUGCUGAUGAAGAAGGAAAGCAAGUGCACAGCUAUUUAUUGAAGUUGGGAUUUGAGUUCCAAAUGUAUAUAAUGACAGCUUUGGUUGACAUGUAUGCAAAAUGUGGUUGUACAGCAGAUGCUCGGAAAGGUUUUGAUUAUUUACAAGAACCUGAUGUAGUUCUUUGGACAUCCAUGAUCGCAGGGUAUGUACAAAAUGGAGAGAAUGAAGAUGCUCUAAGCUUGUAUGGUCGAAUGCAGAUGGAAGGGAUUUUGCCCAACGAACUAACAAUGGCCAGUGUCUUAAAAGCAUGUUCAAGCCUUGCUGCUUUGGAUCAAGGAAGGCAGAUUCAUGCCCGCACUAUUAAGUAUGGACUCAGUCUGGAAGUUCCUGUUGGAAGUGCACUUUCAACCAUGUACGCAAAAUGUGGGAGUUUAGACGAGGGAAACAUUGUAUUUAAAAGAAUGCCAGAGAGAGAUACAGUCUCAUGCAAUGCGAUGAUAUCUGGACUUUCUCAAAAUGGGUAUGGUAAGGAAGCUCUAGAUCUCUUUGAGGAAAUGCUACUAGAGGGGACAAAGCCAGAUGAUGUCACAUUUGUGAAUGUUCUCUCUGCUUGUAGCCACAUGGGAUUGGUGGAGGAAGGGUGGGCGUAUUUCAAAAUGAUGUUCCACGGAUUUGGUAUCGUUCCAAGAGUAGAGCAUUAUGCAUGUAUGGUUGAUGUUUUGAGUCGUGCUGGGAAACUUAAGGAAGCAAAAGAAUUUAUUGAGUCAGCAACCAUAGACCACGGCAUGUGUUUAUGGCGCAUUUUAUUAAGUGCCUGUAGGAAUUACCGAAACUAUGAAUUGGGAGCCUAUGCAGGUGAGAAACUAAUGGCGUUGGGCUCACAAGAAUCAUCUGCUUAUGUGUUGUUGUCGAGUAUCUACACUGCCUUGGGCAGGCCUGAGGAUGUGGAACGAGUCAGGAGCACGAUGAGAGUUCGAGGAGUGAGUAAGGAGCCUGGGUGUAGCUGGAUUGAACUCAAGAGUCGUGUCCAUGUAUUUGUGGUUGGGGACCAAAUACAUUCACAUAUUGGAGAAAUACGAUUAGAGUUACGAAGGUUGAGAAAACACAUGAAGGAUGAAGGUUACCAACCAGCUUCUACGAAUUUUGACCUUAAUUAAAUGUUGAUCUACUUUAUUGGCCAACUUUACUUUUUAUUAUUGAUAACCGCCGGGCUUCCCUAGCCCAAGAACAAGGCCGGGCCCAAAAGAAGGGCGCAGGCCCAAAGCCCGCCUGACCAUACACUUGAAGGUCAGCCUGACUUCACGAGCCCGGGCCUGGGCCCAGCAACUCGGGAUCAGAUAUGAGCACAGGCCCAAUGGGGGAUGACCUCGCCAUAUGAUGUGACGUGGGGCAGACUUACCAGCCCAGUCAUUUCACAGCUUGCGGGCCAAAUGGCCGCCUGCAAGGAGAGAGGGCCCUACACAUCUGUACGUACGGAUCUAAUUGAUAAAAACAGGUGGUAUUGUAGCAGAAAAGCGGUCAGACGUCAUUGGCAGAUAAAAGGGAAAGAGGAAAAGGGGAAAGGGGCUUCGGCUCCAACUAAGCUUACACUCAUACUGUAAAUCCAAUUUUCUGGACCUCAGAACAUUAGGAGUCUUUUAAGAAUCAUCUCAAUUCAUUUUCAUUUUAAAACAAUUCUAGUCUAUUUUGACUUUUAGCAUCUUUUAAUUUUGAACAUGGAUGAUUUCUGUUUA